UUGUUAUUCUUUCAAGCUCCUCCCGCCGCUUUCGCUGCCGAAGCCACUCCUUUUUACCAACCUUCUACUCGUCCACGUCUCCCUGCCGCUGAAUGUGAACCAACAGACCGUUUAUCUUGCCCCAAGCGAUCUGACGACCCUGACAUGCAUGCCAAGGUUACUCCCUCCGUCCUAAAAUCAACGCCAAAGGCCUUUGAUGUGCUGGAGCUUCCUGGGAGUCGCCUCGGACCCCCUCUCCUCACUCCGCUUACUUUGAAAAGCCACUCGAAGAACCUGUCACACAAACGACGUGGAACAGCACGAAAGCAUCUCACCGAAAAACUGACCGAACAAACGUCGCUCAAUACUUCGAAUUCAGCUUCCGAGCUUACGCCUUCCUCAAUCACAAAGGAUACAGAGACUCCUCCUUCGAAGGUUUCCUCUCGAAGUAUCGAGCUCUGGCGUCUUAUACACUCCCUCUCUGCGGUUAGCCUGAGUCUCGAUUUUCAACCGCAGGCGAAACCUCCAACACGUGCAGGUAUCCCGUCAACUGUUACUACUAUGGGUCCCUCGUCGAGUGCAGAAGUGGAUGGUGAACUAGCGAGGGAGUAUGAGGCAGAAGCUCGGGGGCCUGUCGAUGUGGGAGUCGAGGAUGCCCUCGUACUUAUCUCCACCAUUCAGAAACGCCUAGAGUCGUAUAGCAGGGAGGAGGUCGAUGCCUGGCAGGUGCAAUCAGAAUUGACAAAACUGAUAAUACGAAUGACCCGACAUCGAUCACCCCGUCUGCGUACUUCGCUUGCCCAUGUGGCAUUGCAGGUCUGUUUACCUCUUACUAAUUACUGCCAUAAAUACUGUGUACUUAAUAAUUCCGUCGCUACGGCUGCCUUCAGGGCCUCAGUGAACGGUCAGUGGACGUUCAUCGGCGAGUAUCAAUAUCCCCUGACCUUCAUCAACAAGACAACGAGCUCGGGGCUCAAUGUUAGGGCGUUAGACUCUGAUCAAAAAGGUCGCGAGUUCGAGCUUCUGUGCCCUCUCCCAACCUGA